AUGGUGAGUGCGGUCGGAGCGUUUCAUCUCACGCGCACCGGUUUUUGUUAACUUUAAAAUUUUUAGGUUUGAUGUUCAUUGUAAUUUCUCUCUCUUCUUCUUCUUUUUUUCUUUUUCGAAAAUCCAGGUACAAAUUUUUACACUUAUUGAUGCAUGGUUCAACGUUGGUAAUUUUUUUGUUCUUCAUGUUUUUUGCGAUGAGAGUCUUGGUUUUCUUUUCGUUGAUAUAAUAGAUUAAUCAAAUCUAUAUGCUAAAAUUAAUCUCAAAACAAGUCAUCACUUUGAUUGCGCUCGUGUUGCAUGAUAAAUAGUUCGUAUGAUAACCCGCCAGUUCGAAUUUCUUAUUAAAAAAGUUUUUUUUACAUUCCUUUCCCUCUCAAGAAGCUUUUUAACUCACAAGAAAUAAAACGGAAAAAUAAUACUCUUCAAUUAAAAGUGUUAAAAAACUGCGUCAUCUGGAGCCGUGAGAAAAUUUAUUUAUGGUUAAAACCGUAGGGCUUGCUGUCAAAAGUGUGAUGUUAUACACGUUAACGAACUGGAAACCUAUGUGUUCGAGUUUGCUGUUCAAAGGGCCUUAAGGAAUAAGUUUAGUUGAACGAAUGAAGGUAUAAAAAUUUUUAAAAAACUUACUAGACUAAGAAUUUUUUUCUACAUUCGUUCCAUAAACGCGUUUGACCUCGAAUUCUUGCGAAAAUAUGCGUCGCGUACGCAACGCUUCACCUUGCCAAUUAUCCACCUUGCCUUUUAAGUUGAAUUGAAUAUAAUCUUAUUUUUUUUGUCUACCAGUGAAUGUAUCCUUUUUGUUGAUGAUUUUGUUAUUUAAUGUGGUCGUUAAAUGAUAUUCGAUAAAAUAGAUAUACUGUACGUUGUUCUUACAUGAUAAAUCGCAAUAAUAGAAGCCUAGUGGUAUUCCUGUAUAGCGAAAAUUCCUGAACCCGAAGGGGCGGGACGAGCCAGGACGAAUUUAGAAGGUCUGCGCAACGCCAGCCACGUUUUUGCGCAACGCAACAACCUUUUUUCAGGGCAAAUGCGUAGGCAAUGCUUUCCGCAGCUCACUUUACGCGCGUUCCGCAGAAACCAGCAAUGCGCUCCGCAUCGUUUCCUGGGAGUUUUGUUAAUUUCUAAAUAUCAUAUUUUCAGAUGAACCUUUCUGUUCUUCGUGAGCGUACCAAGGUUAAAAACAAAAUUGUUUAAAAAAUAUUAAAUUUUUACAGGAAUAUUUUCUAUGGAUCUGCUUUUGUCCUCUUUUAUUCACUUUUUCGAUUAUCAGCGUUGCGCAGAUCUUUUUCCGUUUUAUAACAUGGUUUGUUUGCUUUCUUGUUUCGUAAAUAAUAUUCUAACGUUGCAGUAAUUAUGAUAAACCUCGAAUGGUAUUAUUGGGUUAUUUUGUUCUGGUUUUGGCCGUGUUCGUAGCUUAUGCCUGUCUUUAUACAGAUUUUCUUUCAAUCAGCUUACAAAAAUUUUCUGGUGAUUUUAGUAUUCGGCUCCUAGAAUAAAAUUUUAUUUUUUCAGCAGUUAGUUAUGUUGUCUUCAAGAUUGCAAGAAUCAUAUUUACCUGGAGUUUCUCUUUCUGGCCAGCGAUGGGACUUUUUCUAGCCACCUUAUCAUGUUUGUUUUUUUUCUUUCGAGAAGUUGUUUAGUAUAUCAAUCUCAGGAAAUUUAUAUAGUUUUAAAAAAACAAUCGAAAAUUGAAGAAGGUUUAGUAGUUUUGAAAUUCGAGAAGUGAAAAUUUGAGACGAUUAUUUUUCAGUAUAAAUCUUCUGUUUUCAAACUGUCUUUUAUCAUCUAUUUUGGGCUGAAUUGGUCAUUUUUAGCCGAAUCGGCUGAACUUUUCCUGUUUCAAAAAAAUCUAGUACGGCUGUGCAUCUUUUUUGGAAGCUGUGUAGAUAUAAAAUCCACUUUUUAGUAGCAUAAUAGACUGGUUUCAGUAUAUAACUGGCAUGGCCUUAUUUUUUAUGAUUUCGAUACAUUUGACCGGGAGUCAAAAAUUUAGUGAGAGGUUAAAUAAAGUUUUUAAAAAGUUUGGAAUUUCUUUCACGAUUCAGUUCAACUCCACAUCGUAAUUUUUUAACGACCUUUUAAUGAUAAGAGAUUCAUAUUUCAGAAAUGUUUUCAUUUCUAUUUUCAGACUUCUUGCACAAGAGCUACGAGUACGUGAGGCAGAAGACAAAGACUUUUCUUGACGACACCUUUACUGCCGACGAAUUAGAGCGCUCGGUGAUCGACGGCGAAAGUAAAGUUCCUGCUUCGGAAGAAGCCGUUGAUUCUGGCGACGCCGCGGACGUCGUCCUUUCCGGCUGGGGGUCGCGGGGUCUGUUUUCCCCUCAAAAUUAGAAAAAUCACCUGUACAGGGAAUAUAACUGGGGUUUCAUACAUAAUGAUGAUAACAGAUAUUGUAAAGGAAAACACAUUCAAGAUGGUUAGCGACAAAAUGGAACUUAUAUUACCUUUAAGCCAAAUCAAAUGUUUUUGAUCAAUGUUUUCGAGUAUGAAGUUAUCUCUUGAAAUAAAAAAUCGAAUAUUAUCCCGAAUUCGCGACACGUAAUUUCAAAAAGUAAAAGCUUUCACCAUUAUAUCUUGAAACUGGAUUAGAAGAAAUUUUCUUGACUUUUUGGUGUUGGGCUCUUCUGCGAUAGUACCAGAUUCAUUGGAAUUUUAUUUCAGCCAGAUAAUGAUGAAGAGUGACCGGAAAGAAAUGUUCAUUGGCACCUUAUUAUUCAAAAAAACUUUCACAGACUUAUUUAUUCAUUCAAUGAUUUUCUGUUUCAGCUUUCGAUCGGAACCAGAAGUUCUCUGCUCCUUCUAGAUGCUUGAAGAUUCGGGGCUUACUCAAAGAAAACGAUCCGUUCGUUUUUUUUUUCGUUGGAACUUUAGAAAACAUUUUUCUGUUCGUCUUAUCCUUAAACGUAUUAUGUGCUCCGGAAUUACGAAGGUUUUCACUUCAGAGCAACCGUGCUAGACAUGUCGCUGGUGUUGCGGCUUCGGUUGGUCGAGAACAACGGACAAGUUAUCAGUUGGGCGCACUUGGCCAUCGACUCUGAGCCGGGAUUUCUCUACGUCAUGUUCCGCGACCUCCAGGACGCCUCCGUAGCCUUCAACAGGAUGAAUGGCUUUUACUACAACGGUCAGUUCGCUUAUCUGGAAAACGUUCUAGUAAAUGAUCAUCCUAAAGUUUUUGAUGGGGAGAUAAUCAAUGCGGGCGGUCAACAGGCGGUUCGAAAGAGUACUAAAGUUUUAGGAAAGUUAGUUAUUUAUAGCUUCUUUUUGGCGAAUUAUGAAAUUUUCAGAUUACUUUUAACGAACUCUGUAAAUAACGCAAGUUCAGCGGUACAAUAGGUGAAAAGCUCAUGAAAGGUUUUUUAUUAGAUGUUUUAAAAGAAAAUGUAAGUUUUCAUGUUGCUUGGAAAAAAAAAACAGCCAUGAAGGUCAUAAAUUAUUGUUUUAUUUGCGCGGGAAAUUAAAACCUCUUUUUGGAAGCUCAGAGAAGUUAAGAUGAUUGGCAAUUACUAAAGAAGAAAAACCAUUUCCGACGCUCCGAGUUCACAUGGUAUCCUAAUAAAUUCAACAAAAGGCCCCAAAUUUCUGUUAGAAGCCGCAGUUUCAGUGGUGCAAACGAACAAAUAACUUAUUUUGAAACCUUCAGGAUGAUCUAUAUUUCAAUCGGCACUAGUUUGUCGAAGAGGAAUCUUUGAAUCACUUUGUAAAAGAAAAGAAAAUAUCUAGUUUCGCUUAUUUUUCGCUCAUUUUUUCGAAAAAAAUUUAUAGUAAUUUCAUUGGGUCAUGAGAAAAUAUAUACUUGAAAAAAACGUGAUGAAAUCUAGAGUGAAGCUGGAGAGUCACUUGAUACGACGGGCUUCAUGGAGAACUGGGAGAAAAGCGUCCAAUGUCAAGGACUCUUUUUGGGAAUUUUGUCUAAAUUAUUGGGCAUACUCACAUUGGAAGAAAAUACCUUCGAUUUUGAAAAUGGCAAUGAGAAAAUUCCGACUUUUUUUUUCAAAACAAGCUUCAAAUAAAAAGGAGCAUGUCAACUUUUUCUGACUUUUGAUGAUAAGCUAAGUCAAAAAGCAUCCAAAGCCUAGGGCUUUUUGCAGAGUUUCAAAAGUUUUUUUUCUUCGAGAAAGCAGUUCUUCGCUCGAUAAACUUACAAUAUUUUUACAAAUUAGCAUUUUUAGUUUGUGUAUGGCUUGCGGCGAGGAUAAUAUUACUUUUCGCCUCACAAAUAAGAGGUGAAAGUCGCGAAUUCGUGCUUUUCGCACUUCCUCUUCUCUCUUUCCGCAUGCUUGGGAAGUACUUGCUGUUAGAGCAUAUGUCGAAAUCAAAUUAGAACGUUUUUAAGCACCAAAAUCCUCGAGAACUCUCGAAAAGUGUGAAAAAACCUCGUCACCAGACAAAUUUCUCUAUUUUGUGUACUUCAAGCAUUUCGCUUUUUUUCGCGACCAAUUUCUCGGUUGAAGGUUGUUUUAAAAAAGAAAUCACUUCACUGUGAUUGAUUUGAGAAUGUCUUUCGGAAGUAACCACUUCACGUCGUAUAAUUUGCCUUUUCGUUUUACCUAUACCCAAAAAAAAGAAGAAGAAAGAUUAGAUAGCUGUUUUAUCUGUGAAAAAAUUCGUUUUUCUUCUUGUUUUGGAGCGUCCACUUCAUGUUAGUCCGUGUGCCUUUCCUUCGUUUUCGUUCUGACGUUUUUUUUUUCUCGUAGGCAAAAACGCUCGUUACCCCUGAAAGAAGCUUGUGUCAAAACAAGUGGACAAGUCUACUAUUUGAUAUUUUUGACCGUUUCUUAAGGUUCAUUUUAUAACCAACUCGCGAUAAACUUCACCUAAAUAAGUAUGCAUAACUUCAAAACAUACUUUCGAGCUAAAAAAGAAUCCUUUUCAAUGAAAAGGUUUUUCAAGCUGGGUUGUUGUUCCUAUCCAUGGAGAAGGUUUUCCGAUUAAAUUUGAUACGAAAAAAAGAAAAAAAAAUGAGUUUAUUGUGUUCGAAUUUUGCUCAGGCUUUUCUCAUUUCUUUCUUUUCGCAGUAGGUACCCAGCGAUAAAAGAGCCAAAGUGAUUUGUUAUGUCGAGAAUCACUGACAAAUUGGUUGGAACAUGUAAUCGCUCCUGUUGUUUUCUUGCCGAAGCAAUCAGUCUCCCAGUUUUUUACCCAUUGAGCUUGGUUGGCUUCAGGUGUUACAUUGGUCCUAUCUAUUUUCUCAUCUUACACUUUUGGGGAGCGUUGGCGGUUGUCGAGCGAAGAGUUAAGCUUUGAGCAAAUUGCAAGUUUGAAUGUAUCAGUCGGUCAUUUAUGUGCACAACAUUUCAAAAUACCAUUGAAAAUUCGAAUUCAUUCCAUACAGGGGCAAGUGAAUAACUCAAUAAGUUCAGCGGGAGCGAAUGAAAUAUAAAAAGCCGCCAAUCCCUCCUCAGUCUUUAUUAAAUUGAAGUCAGAAGUAACUUUUGAGAAAAAAAAAAACUUUUGCCAACACUACCUUUCGAAGGUUGAAAGUUUUUACCGUAUUUAUCAUAAUUUUUUUAGUCAAUCCGCCCUGCUGGAGUUAUUAAGUUUUUUUACUUUCCCACUUAUAGAAAAAAACUUUGAACAUUUAAUUCGAUUUUGAAAAACAGACCUUUCUUAUGAAAAAAAAAUUGAAUCUUCAAACGAAAUUUUCAAAAAAUGGAAAAAAAGCUCACGUUUGCUGCUGCUCAGGCGGAAUGAGAAGUUGCGUUUUCUCGCCUUGCGCGUUUGCUUCGCGGCCGAACCGUAGAAAAAACUGAAGCUGUCUUUUUCUCGAUGAGCAAGAAAAAAUUUUGAAGAAUUCCAUAUUUCUUUUCUGGUCUUGUUCCAUUUAUUUCGUCUUCGAGGAAGGUGAGCGUGAGAAAAGCUUGUUAAAUUUAACGACGAUGAGAUGACGUGACCGUUCUAUUCUCCUGCUCGCCAAUUUUUGAAUCUCAACGACUUCGAUGAGAAACCGAGAAUAAAAAAUCUCGGUCGACAUUUCAAUUGAUGAAGAAAAGAUCUUCAAAAAAAUUUUUUGCUUCCAAGGUGCUCGGCUACUACGAAAGCUGUUGCACAAGUCCAGAGGCAAUCGUUAACUGAGGCGCAGUCUAUUUUUUGUUUUGAAUGCCUUUCUCAUUGCUUCAAACAAAUAAAAAAUUUCGUGGUUUUACACGAGUUUUCUCCCUUCUGUUUUCAAGUCUGAUGUUUCAUCCGAAACAUUGAAAUUUUCUCAGAAGAUUGUCCGAUUGAGCAUAUUUUGCAACAGUUUUGGCUAUAAAUGACGUCUGAUAUGCCUUUUUUGAAAUAAGUGACCGUACAGAAUGUUUCUCAGACUUGAGAGUUUAUUUCAGCGUGAGGCUACAUCAAAACGGAAUGUUGGCUUCGAGAUAGAUGUCGGAUCUUGAAAGUACUGUGAAUGGUCUAGUUUUGCGAAAGAGGCUUCAAUUGGAAAUGCCCGCGAAUGUUCUUUUUUUCAGAUUUUUGUUUUGCGGCAAGCGUACCAGGUCAGCUGCCACGACUUGGAUUGAACAAUUGUCAUGUUGCUUCUUCGGCGCUUUCAUUUACUGAACGUGCCUCAAGGCUUUCGCGGUUCUUGGUGAAGAUUACUCCAUAUUUUUUUGCUUUGGUGAAACCUCCUCAGCUGUUCAUUUCAAUACGUUUUUUUCUGGUUACAAUCAUAUAUUAAGACAGGAACUACAUGAAAGUUAUAGUUAAUUUCACGAGUUUGACGGAUCUCAACCCUUUUGGGAUCAGCUCUCAUUGAGUUUCUCACCUUUUACGCAAGAGAACUUUCUUUUCUUUCGGAAUAAUUAACGACUGAAGGUUUUAUUUACGGCUCGAGGCAAUUAUAGAGGCCAAUCAAACGUCAACUUCCAUUCUUUUUUCUGUCUAUUCUUUUUUUCAAAAGGUACCCGCUAUGUGGGGUUAAAUCAUUCUGGCGUGCUUCCUUCUUUUUUUUUGACUCGUUUUUAAUUCUUUUGUUUGUAAAUUUUUUUUUCGUUACUCUCACUUCCAUUUCGCACUAACCAAAAUUUGUAUGUAGGUUUCUUCUGUUCUUAUCAGCUUCUAAAGGAACGACGAAAACAAUUUUCAGAGGUCUUCUUUGGUCCAAAAAUGUUAUAUCCUUGAAUAUUUCUAUUAUACGUUCAAAUAUUAAUUUCACUUAAGUACAUAGCUUCAAUAGACCAUUUCGAAAAUGUUACCCGUAGGCGUUCCUCAAAAAAUCAAGUACAUGGUCUUCAAGUAGCUUUGUCAUUUUUUGAAACGAACUUGCGUUGCGGUUUGGAGUGGAGCCAUGCAAGGGUUUUCCCCAAGGAAAUGGCCGGCCAUCAAAUCUUGAAUUGCGACGGAGCGAAACCUCGAAUGGGUCAUUGGCGCUUUCGGGCGUGACAGCUGAACCUGGAAUAAAAAGCUAUCAUUUAGAUGAUUUUUCAUAGGAAGAGCCUGAUUUUUGCCUAAACUUUUGUAGAAAAAACUUUAUACUUAGAGUUUUCAAUCGAAAACGCGUGGAUUUUAAAUGAUAAAUGUGUUGACGGACGUUUCCUUCUUCUAACCUACGCUUAGUUUUUAUUUUCUGCUUCUAUUCAUGUAGUCAAUGUGUUUUUUGUACCGCAGUAAAGAUCGCUUGCCUCGUUUUCGACUUUUUUAAUCAAAAAAGUCCUCUAAAUUAUCCAACAUCAUCCAUUCAAUGGCUGCUUUUAUCGGCGGUUAGAAGUAGAGCGUGUGCCCGAUUUAUGGACUUUUUAUGAAUUCAUUCAGUAAAGCGUGUGUGUCUUUUUUGUGCUGGAGGCUUGGCUAUGAAUAUUUUUGGUUUCCGCCUUGUGGAAAGUCUCUUCGGCUUCUCAGAAACAGUUUGAUCUUCAAAGUAAAGCUACAUAAAUUUUUGAGCUCAUUUAACUAUGUCUACGCAAUUUCUUCGGGUGUACAUUGUUAUUUAUUUUCAUGUUCGAAAAGUUUGUUUCACAACACGAGACAGAAUGUUAGAUAGGCCGCUUGGGAUUUGGAAAUGCAUUGGCAGGCUUUUGGUUUUGUAAUGAUUGUCCAAGGUUCGCUGCUUUCAAAACAGAUCGAGACAUCAGUCACGUUGUUUAGUUUUUUUUGUCCUUGUGGUCCUUCCACGAUUUCUUCGAAAUUAACUCACUUGGGAGUUGCAUAUCUGUUUCUUUUUCUUUUCUUCAUGCCGUCUUGAGUAGGAACGCAUCAUUUUCAUCUUGUUUUUUUUUCUCAAAGAUUUUUAUUCCAUCGCUUCUAUUUUAAAACUCAUUAUAAUGUUUAUCGAGUUAUGAAUCGUCUUUAAAAGCGGGCUAUUUUUUAGGAGUUACAAUUCGAAAAAUUACCAGACUUGGAAGCGCGGAAAUUUGAAAAUUUGAAAUCAUUCUAAACAAAAAAAUAAUAUUAUUUAUUUCAUUUACAAUAUAAAAUAGUUAUUGAUUAACCAAAUAAUGAAAGUUAAAGAAAGGGAUUGACUUGUUAGUUGCGAUUCUUUUUUUUUUCUUGUCCUCGGGCCACCUUCUUUCUCAAUUCCCUAGAUUGAGUUGAUUUUAUUUUCCCUUGUUAUGUCAAAGUAAAACUGAGCCGUUCUGAAACGAAAAUUUUGAGUUCAUUCUGUUUCACGAUUUCUUCUUCAACAAACUAAAUUUAAAUUUAUGUAAAUUUCAAAUUAGCUCAUCAUGUUUCGAUAUAAAAGCCAGUUUUUGCGUGUAAAGUGGCUGCAAAAAAAAAAAGAAAAAUGGAACGAGCAAGUUUACGAACUAAAUUCUGGCCAACAAGAUUUUAGUGUUAAAUUUCGAGAGUUUUUCGGGCUUGUCAAACCAAAUCUGGGCGACGCAUUUGAGAUGUUUUUCGUAUCUGCUUGAAGCAUCCCAAUUGCAGCUGCUGCGACGGAAUUUCGCGUUCCUUCAGGACGAACUUGUCUAUUCUUCGAUCUUUUUUCUUUUCAUAACGGAAACUCGUAACAGUUUUUUCCUAUUACGAAAAUGUGAAGUCUAAGAAAUUUUAAUUAUCUGUAAACUUCAAGUCACAAUUUCAGGCGUAAGUCAACUUGAUGUAUGAAGGAUUCUUACAAGAAGCUUUUAAUAACUAGGAAUUGCUUUGUCAUCUUCAUUUUUCGGUCGGCCUUUUGUCGAGGUUCGCAAUUCUUUUUUUUUUUGGCGUUUUAAUUCUCGGAUUGCCUCGUAACCUUAGGUUUCGCAGUCGCAAUUUUUGUGUUAUAACGUUGCUCGACACGCUAUUUUGCUUGCUUGCCUCCUCGGUGGAAUCGAAGCCGGCGGGUUUUGUGGGAGUUGAUGAAUCGCCUAUGGGCACCGGCCAUUAACCAAGUGAUUAACAGGCGCCGGAGAAAUGAUGAGAGGUGCAGGGAAAGUCCGAAGACAUGAGGUCGAUUAAUUUCUCGCAGCACAAUAUGGCGCCGUCGAGCCAAUUGCUUAUUUUCUCCUAAGGAAGUUCUUGUGUGGACUUCAUCUUUUCCUCUGUUUCAGUUUUGCCCUCCUCUUUUCCUUCCGUCUUCGCUGCUCUCACGGCGACUUCUUGUCCUUCACAGCUUGCCUCAACUUUUGCAGAAAAAAUUCUUCUGGCAACAUUUCGAAACCUUUGUUCUUUGUCCAUCUUUUUUGUGUCGAUUCUCAUUAAUGCUUUGUAAAAUGAAUUUUUUCGUUUAAACGAUGAAGUUCAAGUUGGAAGAUCAAACGCCGGUUUCUUUUUCCUUCAUUUUUUUAUUUUCUGAAAAAUUAAGACCUAUUUCAUUGAUGCUCAAUAUUGGGCUUCUAUGUUUUUAAAGUAGUUUUCAAAUGGAAAGUUCGCCGAAAAACAGUUUUCCUCGUGGGUGUUUACUUCGCAAGAAAAAGAUUCUUUCAGUCAUUUGCCUCUUUUUUCCCGACCUUCAGGCUCCUAGUCGCGUGUCUUCUUUCUUCUCAUUUGCCGACUUUAUUAACCACGAUAAAUGUUUUUUUCUCUAGUUUGAAUCAACCAUUACUAUUAUCACGCUUGUAACUUCUAAAGAGGUUUUUUUUUCUGAAUAGAGUGAUGGUUCAAAAAUUGCAAAAAAAUCUUGAGACAUUAUUACAACUCUGAUAAAAAGCAAGAAAAGCUUUUUUUAUCCUGCAUUAUGCGUGAAAAAGAAUUAUUUAGCUGAAUAGUAUAUAAAAAAAUAUUUUUUUGCGGAGAGCGCGCCAAAAAAAUGAAGAAACCUUUCUGAAAAAAACUAUUGAACAUUUGAAUAUUUAUUUCACUCUGAUACAACUAUUUCACCUGUUCAAAUCACUUUAGGUCAUUUUCAAAAUUUCUCCAUUUGAACUUUAGAGGUUUCUGUCAUAGAAAAUUGACAUUUUCUGGAUUUAAAGCUCAAGUUUUCAUCAAUCUCUAAUUUGGCACAUGCGCUCGAGCCUAAUGGGCGUGUGGCAUGCAUAAACGCAUUUUUUACCAAGUAAAUAGUUUGCGAAGCUUGCGCAGACGAUUUUUUUUUUCAUUAUUUUUUUUCUCAUUGCGAGUUCUGAACUCGAUUUCAUUAUGACAUUCUGCUGUGAAGACUCUGUAAACUGGAAUGUCCCAUCAGAAAAUGUUUUAACGUUCGGAGAAGCAUAGGGGUUAAAAUAGCAGCUCCUUUUUUUUAAUUAGGGUAACUUAAGUGCAUUAAAAAAUCUUUUUAUGGGAAUUCGGUUAGAAAGUACACUGAUGUUUUUUGGAGAAAAGAAAAAUGAAAGACAUCGGAAGGUCCCUUCAAAUUCAAAACCAUUGACCUCUUAAAAAUCUCUUGCUCGGUGCAUUAACUGUCGGUUAUUAAAAAAAAGGCUAUUAACUAUUUUCUGCAUUGAUACGUUCUACGAAAGGUUUUACGGUUCUUUUCUGAAAAUUCGUCGGCAAAGUCAAUUCAGAAACCUCUUGAAUUUCUGGAAGGGAUUCUUUUGGUGGGCGGUGAGUCCUGUGGCGGUUGCUUUCGAUUAUUUUCAUUUCCGCCUCGCAGGUCCAUUCGGGUCCGCUGGUUUUUCUCGGGUGUCGGAAUCCCAGAGCUGUCCAUGCAUAUAGAUAUCAUCUUGACGGCCGAAAAACUAUGACUUUUUCUUGGAGACUCCUUUCUUGCUCCAUUCUUUUCGCUCACCUCUUGAAGUCACUCUUGCGCAAAUUUUUUAUAGCGCGGUUGUUUGUGGCGAUUUUGAUUUGUUCUUCUUAUUUUAUGCUUCUCGUUAAUUCAUAUAAUAUUGUUAAGGUUGCUAGUUCCAAGCAUAGAUCUUUUUUGAGUAUAUCAGGAAAAAAAAGGAGGAGAAAACAUAUUUCGGACUUUUUAGUUAGAAAAAAUAUGGCGAAAUUCGGGUUAGUAAUGAGAUAAUAUCAUGUUUUCCUGAAAAUUAUUUUUAAUCUAAUUUUUUUUUUCACUAUCUGCUCUCUUUGGUUCACUUCAAGUGCAUUUGAAUCCCAAAUUUUUAUUUUUAUUGUGGAACAUCCGUUGUUUAUUGCGUUUACUUCACGUUGGAGCACAUUUAUGGAGAUUAUAUUUUCUUUUUGUUUUCAUUUUUCCGACACCCUUUUCGCACGGCAACUAACGCCAGCUGGUAUUCUUUUUUUAUAAUUAGUAUCGAUUUUUUUCUUUUUUUCUGAUUUUAGCUGUCGUUAUAAUCAAAUGUAAAUUUCUAUGAAAUUCUUUAGCUAACUAUUUCUAGCAAUUAGAAGGCCAUUUCGGAAGUUCACGUCAUGAAAAGUUUUUUAAGCGAAAGUAGGCAUUCCAUUAGAAAUAAUGCGAUAACUACUAUCAAUCAAAAAAAAAAACUUGGUUCAAAACGAGGAACAAUUUGGUUCGUUGGUCCUCACAAAUUUCAGUGAGAAUAUCAAGACGAGUUUUUCAUCCGCUAAUUGGAAAAUCUCAGUAAUGUACAUUUCAUUACAGCCUGUUUGAACAAUUGAAUCUCAGGAAUUUUAAAAAAUCAUAAACAUCUAAUUUUCAAUGCUCAGAAAAUUAUCGUCAAACCCAUUUCGAGUAAGAAUUUAGUUUUGAACAAUUGGAACGUAGUUAACAUCAUUCAAAACAGUUAGAUAAUUGUUUCAACGUCCAAUUAAUCUAUUAUCGUACAAAGUCAUUGUAUGGCGGUAGAGGAAGAAUAGAAAUUUUAGUUCCCACUUCAUAAUAAAUUCCACGUCCACUAAAAUAUUCUACUAUAAUUUCUAAAAAAAAACUCAAUUUUUUUUGGGUUUUGAGUUCAUUUUUUUUAUUCAAUCAAAUUAAUCUCAAACUCGAAUAGUUUUCAGUCAAGAAUAAAUUCGGUUUUCGAGCGCAGCUAGAUAAAUUCAUUCGGCUCGCAAGCUGGUUUGUCUUGUUAGGACUGACUUCGGGAAAUGUUAUCUUACCCUUUUUGACGCAGGUGGUUGCGAACUCUAUAAGUUUUUCGCAGCUUAUGGCCUCAGUUUGCUCUUUUUCUACUCUUUUUGUCCAGCUCAGCCUUUUCGUAGAAGGCUUUUUUUCUGCCUUACAAUUUUUUUUGCGCCAUAUUAAAAAAAAAUUUGAAUUUGAGCUUUUAAUUAUCAUCUUUCUGCACCUGUAAAUCGUAGAUUUGAUUUCAAGACGCAUGAUCAGUAAUUUCCACUCGGUUCAUGCAACAAAAUUAAUUCACAUUUUCACAAUAGACUGAUUAAUUUUUAACGAAAUUGUUAGCUGAUUGGAACACGCCGUAGUAGUGUUGCCAUGGUGUCUGCUUAUUUAGGCCGGUUUUUUAAUUCCUUAUGCUUCGCAGCUCUUUUUCUGAACUUCUGAGAACGACUGCAGCUGAAACUCUUGGGCAUCUGUACUUGCGUUUUCAGUGUCUUUCAUUCCUUCUCUGCUAACUUACCAAAGGUUCUUUUGGUCAAACCCUCGGACCGUUUUGCUCUUUGAAGUUUUUUUUGAACCAAUCAAGCAACCAGUUUGAAUUAUUUGCCAGGAUGUUUUCGAGAGUCGUAGAGAUUACAUGAAAAUGCUUUUUGUUUUCUGCUUGAAAAUUUGAGUUCUUUCAGGACGCCUUGUCGCGGUGCGCUUCCUCCGCCACGAGAAGUACGCAGAGCGGUUCCCAAACUGUGCCAAGCUCUGA